AUGCCUUCUUAUAUCAUCACGUGCAAGCCAGACGCAACCGACGACGAUGUCCAGGCCGUCAAGGAACAUGCCCGGGGGCAAGGCGGCGAAAUCACACACGAAUACAGCUUGAUCAAGGGCUUUGCUGUCUCAUUCCCUGAUGAUACAGCCCACACUCUGGAGUCGCACCCGCAUGUCGAAAAUGUCGAGGCCGACAGCAAGGUGCACACACAGUAA